AUGCAGCGCCGAAGGGCCGCGGCUCUAGCCGGCCCGCUGGGCGGCGUGUGGCACGCCGGCCUCGGCGGGAACUCGUUCCCCGUCUUUGACUGGGACGUCGCGGGAGUGCGCGACGCUCGUGAGGACCUCGCCGUCGACGCGGGCAUCGUGUUCGACGGUCGCGAGGCGCGGCGCGAGCGGGCGGAGCUGGUCUCGCAGAGCCGCGCAGCGGUGAGGCACCGCGCUGCUGCGCGGAACGGGCCGAUCCCGCGGUGCGCGCGCGGCCUCUGCAUUGCUCCUGUAGCGGCCGCACCUGCCGCCGCCGGCGCCGCCGCGUCGGCGGACAGUCCUGCCGCGGGGGGCCAGGGCGACGUCACGGAGAAGAUGGUGUUUUGUUUCAAGGUCCUGCCUUGCGACAGGACGACGACUGGCGGCGCCAGGGGGGGCAAGCCCGAGCACGACCACAGGAGCUGCGCCUACUACCACGGCGAGCGGGACCGCCGCCGGAGGGUCGUGGCCUUCGACGGCCAGACGCUGUACAGCGCGCUGCCCUGCCCCCACCGCUUCGACGACCGCCGCGUCUGCCCCUAUGGGGAGGACUGCACGCUGUGCCACAGCACUUCAGAGCUGCUGUACCACCCGGAAUUCUUCCGGAAGCGGCUGUGCCACCAGGCCGGCAGAUCUUCGACAGGAGGGAUUUAGACACGCCGUUGCCGAUGCUUAAUUCAGCUUAAUUCACGUCGGCCGCCUGCGUGAACAUCACCCCGUGGCCGAAACGCUCUCAAACGCUAGGG